GGUGCCGGGGAAGGGCGGUGCCGGGGAAGGGCGGCGCGUGGCUGACUCAUCCCUCUGGAAGAUCAGACUGACAGACACAAACCCUUGCCGAACCCGCCCGCCCGCGCCGCUCCUCUGGUUGGGAGGCGCCCGCCCGCACCGCCCGCCCGCCUUCUCCGGGAGCGCUCUCCCGGCCCGGCCGCCUCAGAGAAAGUUUUUGUCGUCUGGAGGGACCGGAGGCGCCGCGAGCCUUUGGGAAGGGAAGGAGGACUGAAGAGGAGGCUCCAGCCGCGCGGGCCCGCCGAGUGCAUGGUUCCCGGCGCCUCGGCUGCCUGUCAGGAGGACAUCGGGGCGGGGUCGGGCUGAGCCCAGCUCCUUCUUCCCGCGGGUUCGCCAAAAAUCGCCCUCCCGGACUGCCGCGGGGCGUCCCCGCUCCUCAGCCCGCCAUGUCCCGGCUGCUGCCGCUGCUGAGGAGCCGGACCGCGCACAGCCUGAGGCCGGGCCCGGCCGCCGCGCCCCGCCCGCCGUCCUGGUGCUGCUGCGGGCGGGGGCUGCUGGCGCUCGCGGCCCCGGGCGGCCCCCGGGAGCUGGGCACCCACCCCAAGAAGGAGCCCAUGGAGGCGCUGAACACGGCGCAGGGCGCGCGCGACUUCAUCUACAGCCUGCACUCCAGCGAGAGGAGCUGCCUGCUCAAGGAGCUGCACCGCUUCGAGUCCAUUGCCAUCGCCCAAGCAUGCAGGUAUCCUAAACCCGAGAUUGCCAUUGUGAAGCAAGUGAAGGAGGUAUCAUCAGCAGAGACCCCUGAUAGUUUUGAAAAAUUGGAAGCUCUACCACCCACCCCAGGACAGCUGAGAUAUGUAUUCAUCCACAAUGCGAUACCUUUCAUAGGGUUUGGCUUUUUGGAUAAUGCAAUUAUGAUUGUUGCAGGAACCCAUAUUGAGUUAUCUAUUGGAAUUAUUUUGGGAAUUUCAACUAUGGCAGCUGCUGCUUUGGGAAACCUUGUGUCAGAUUUAGCUGGUCUUGGACUUGCAGGCUACGUUGAAGCUUUGGCUUCCAGGUUAGGCCUAUCAAUUCCUGAUCUCACACCAAAGCAAGUUGACAUGUGGCAAACACGUGUUAGUACACAUUUGGGCAAAGCUGUUGGGGUGACUAUUGGCUGCAUUCUAGGAAUGUUUCCUUUGAUUUUCUUUGGAGGAGGUGAAGAUGAUGAAAAACUGGAAAAGAAAAAUUAACUCUCUUAGGAUACCUAUAAAAAGAUGUAAACUAAUGUACCUCAAUUAUUAAAUAUGCUGUCACAACAUUUAGGAAUUAAGACAGUAACAGUGCAUAGAUAUGGGAUCAACUAAUUCAGCAUGUAUUAUGGAAAACACUAACUUAUUGUGGCUUGGUUUUCUUGGGACAUCUUUUUAAAAAAAAUUUUGUGUAAAUUGUUGAAAUGCUUUUUCAUCAAUGGCAGUCAACAUUUUACCUUUUCUUUUUCUUUCUUUAUAUACCAAAAUAUCAUUUAAGUAUCAGUCACUGAUGUGCUGUGCUGACUUGGGGUUUGCCUAUUUGUUACUUACCACGUGUACAUGCAUGAACGCAUUUUCUGUUGUUGUUCCCUUAUAGUUACAAUUCAACCUUAAGAUUUUUUCCAAAUUACUUAAGAUGUUUAACAUCAGUUAAAGAUUUUUUUUACUCUUUUUGGCAACAUCAAUUUUGUACUGUUUCACAGUAAACAUUUACAAUCAUAAUUUCAGUCAUUUAAAAAAACCUCUCUCAUCUAUUCAAAAUGGACAGAGACUUUAAGUAUUUUAAGUACCUAUCACUCAUUUUAAUUUUCAGACCUUAUUGUCUCAAGAGCCGGAGAUUAAUCAGGAUGAACAAUUAUGUGGUCUCCCUACUACAUAAAACCAUAUAUAUUAACAAGUGUAUUAUUUUGAAUUGUUUUUUUUACCAAUUUAAUUUCUCAGUUUUGAAUAAUUACAUAGUGAUUUCUGACUCCUAAGGGAAAGUCAUUAUUUUAGAGUAUUUUGGGUUUUUUUGUUGUUGUUGUUGUUGUUGCGGUACAUGGGCCUCUCACUGUUGUGGCCUCUCCUGUUGCGGAGCACGGGCUCCGGACGCACAGGCUCAGCGGCCAUGGCUCACAGGCCCAGCCGCUCCGCAGCAUGUGGGAUCUUCCCGGACCCGGGCAAGAACCCGUGUCCCCCUCAUCGGCAGGCGGACUCCCAACCACUGCGCCACCAGGGAAACCCAUUUUAGAGUAUUUUUAAUGGGGAUUGUGGAAUUAAUGUGUGAACUAAGGGGUUUGACAUGACACUUGGAAAAUUAAGAGGCUAAAAAAAUUUUUUUUCACGUUAGUAUAAAAUGGAAACUGUCAAGAAGGUUUAUGGUAUGAGUGGUGAAGUUGAGGUGAUAUUUGUAAGGUUAAUAAAAUACAAAUAAUACUGUUUGGGAAGGCUUUUCCCCCCACAAAUGUCUUCUCAUCUGAAUUGAAUGAGUUUGAGUACUCAUAAUUUUGACAUUGUUAUAUCUUCUUUAGCAGAUUUUAUUUCUGGAUAACUUCUUUUGAGGUGAAAAAUAAAUAUUUUAUAUUUUGCUUUUUGCUAUAUAUAGCCUAGUGGUCAAAAGACAUAUGAGGAGAAAUUCUUGCUCCCUUUUUUGGUCCCUUUUCUUUUUUUGUGGUGUUUAAAUCAUAUUUUAGAGUGAAGUUACUUAUGUCCAGUCUUGUGUAUCUGAUUUAGGCAUAGAUAGGAUUCAUAUCUAUACUUGUGAAUCAUAAAUUUUAAUUUUAUGGACCUUAAAGUUUGUUAGCAUGUGGUCUGUUACACAGGCUAAAAAAUUACUCUUAAUUGUAAGAGUUGAUGAACACAUCAUGGAGGAGAAAAACAGAAAUUAAAGUUACUAUUUGGGCCACUGAAAUUAUUUUUAUUUUGCUAAAUAGAUGCAAAAGCAGGGAAACUUAAAGAUGGCUCUAUUUACAGCUACCUUAUUUUUAAAGUUUUAUUUGCACAUAUUUACUUUGAGGUUUUAUUUUCAGAGGAGCUGUUUUUUCUCCCAAGGCAAUUUGUCAUAAAUUCUCUUCUGUGUACUUCAAAAUGAUUUUAGUGGUAUCCUUUAAUCAUAGAUUUUUGAGGGAAAAAAUAAAUCAUAGAAAAUAAAAAUAAAUAUAUAACAUUCUUAUUAUGUACAAAUACUAUGACAGUCUCAUUUGAUCAAAUUAGAAUUAUAAAACUUAACGUUUUAAAUAGAACUGUGGUUUGUAUCUUCCACAUAAUACCACAGACACACCAAAAUUUUUUUUUAUUAUUUCAGAUGAUAGGAUUAGAGUGAUUAUUUAAAAAAAAAAUUUUUUUUUUUUUUGGUAAAUGUUUAGGUGUUUUUGUCCCUAACUGUAAUGCCAGUCCUUUCUGUUCUCUAAAAACAUAUUUUAUUGUGGUGCUUAAAUUUUCUUUUUAUUAAUUAAAUCCCAUAUCCAGAAACUUUGCCUGUGAGUUUAGAAAGGGCUUUUGAUUAGUGCUUUCAUUUUUUUUGCUCGUGAAAAUAACCCAGUCCUACAGAAUCUUUUUAGCUGAGCGUCUGUAGAAUUAUUUAAAAUGUCAAAAUAUGGAAUAUAUAACCUUCAUAUUGAAAAGUAUUUUAAUCUAUGGACACAAUAAAAAUUUGCAUCAUUCAGGUAAUUAGUUAAAAAAAAAAUGGAGCCCUUUUGUCCUUAACCUAAGGUACACAUUUUUUUCAAGAUCUUAUUUUAUAUACUAGUAUGGUGCUUUGCACAAAGUGACUUCUGAAAAAUGGUUCCCUUUAAGAUAAUGACUUCAUAUAAUCAUUGUUUCAUAUUACUUGUCACGAGGAAUUUUAUUUCAGAUUGAAACUGGAAUUCUUAUUUCUCAUAUUAGCUAUUUCUUUUUUGGGAGCAACUAUAACUGGUUAAAUGCAACGUGAGCUGUGUCAGUACUCUUCAUUUGAAAUUCAUAUUGUCUGUGUAUUAUGAUUUAUUGACUUGUUUAUGCAUGUAAAUUAGGUGCAUUUUGUUGGCACUGUAUGUUAAAUGGUGACCAAUGUUUUUACAAAGGAAUCGAACAAAGAAAAAUACAUUUUAAGAAAUUUUGGAAUGUGGUUUUGAUUUUGAAAUUUGAUUUUCUUCUUAAUCUCAGAAAACCCUGGUUAUUCUGUAGCUUAAAAGAAACAGGAUUAAUAAAUGCAGAUUUGUUACAGGGUUGUAGCAAUGACACUGAGACAGUAAAAUGGAACUAUUUACCAUUUCCCUGAAGUCCACACUUGAGAUACAACAUUACACAUUAUGAGAGAAGGAUGAUUCCCAUAUUGAGAUAAUUUGAUCUUUAAUAGGAUGUCAAAAAAGCUUUAGAUAGAGAGAUUGGCGAAAAUUACACUGAUGGGUAUUUAUUUACAGCAGAGAUAUCCAAGCCUUCUAUAUAAUAACACCUCAUUUACUUUACUCUGUUUUUCCAGAAGAUGAAUUUUGAAGGUAAUGAAAGUUUAUCUUUUACACCAAAAGUUCAGAUAAACCAUUUUGAAGUAAAUCUUCCUAAUUUUAGAAUUAUAUUUUCUUGCCAUCUUACGAGUGUAUUAAAUGUAAUAUAAUGUAAUCUUUUUCUUAGUGGCUAAGUGUCAUCUUUAUGGACAUUGUUAUUGUGCUGUAAUGCAGUACCUUGGGAAUCUGGUUUUUAUAGUUUUUCAUUUUCCUUCCAUUUUUUUGCUGCUGUCACUUCUGGCAAUUGCUCUCUCUCUCUUUAAUUUUCUGCUUCUUUAAUUUGCUGCUUCUUAGAAGCUAGAUAGUCAGUCUUACCAUAAAUUAUUUGGGAAAUAUUAGAAAACAAUCUGUGGAGCCUGAGUGAGAUGAUGAUGUUGUCAAUGGUGAUGAUGAUGGUAAAUGUAAUGUUAGCUCCCUUUUAUUAAGUACUUGUUUGUUGCUAUGCACUGUAGUAUUUUACAUACAUAAUCACAUUUAAUCACUGUAAUAACAAUGUUAAGUUGGUGCUGUUAUCAUCCCUAUUUCGUAUCAGGUGAAUUGAGACAUGGAAAGGUUAGUUUGCCCAGGGUGUUACUAUUCGUAAGUGGACUAGAGUCUGUCUGGUUUUGUCCAAGUGUGAAGUCUGUGUUCUGAACUACUUACUAUGCAGUCGGGACAUCAGUUGCAUGGACUCCGUAAUGUCUGUUCUCUGUUCAGGUUCCUUUCUGCCUCUAUAUUUAUGGAGUUAUUUUCUCACUUACAACUUAAGGGAAUUGUACUCAAAAUCUCCAAGUCCAUUUAACAACUCCUGUGUUUUUGGUUGCAUAUUAUGUACUAGGAACUGUUCAAGGCUCUGAAUGAACAGCCAGAACAUCUGUAUUCUCAUGAAGGUUAUUCUGUGGGGGGCAUGAGUUGGGGAGGAGAAUAUAGGAAAGCAAAUGUACACUUGAAUAGUGGUGAUAAGUUCUGCAGAGAUAAAUGAAACAAGGCGGGUAGAAAGUACCAGUGGUCAUAUGUGGGGGCUUAUUUUUAUACAGGGUGGUCAGGGAAGACCUGAAAGAAGUGAAAACAUACACAACACAGAUAUCUGGGAAGAGAAGGUAUCACACUACAUUCUAGGAAGUUGGUGUUAAGAAAAUCCCCACCAUAUGAAAUAUAUUUCAGUUUGGAAUGCAUUGUAAGAUUUUUUUUUUUAACUGAAGUAUAGUUGAUUUACAACGUUUUGUUAUUUUCAGGUGUACAGCACAGUGAUUCAGUUUUAUAUAUUUUUUUCAGAUUCUUUUCCCUUAUAGUUUAUUAUAAAAUAUUGAGUGUAGUUCUCUGUGCUAUACAGUAGGUCCUUGUUGGUUAUCUAUUUUAUAUAUAGUAGUGUGUUUAUGUUAAUCCCAAACUCCUAAUUUAUCCCUCCCUGCCUCCUUUCCACUUUGGUAACCAUAAGUUUGUUUUCUACGUCUGUGGGUCUGUUUGUUUUGUAUAUAAGUUCAUCUGUAUCUUUUUUUAGAUUCCACAUAUAAGCCAUAUCAUAUGCUACUUGUCUGGCUUACUUCACUUAGUAUGCUAAUCUCUAGGUGCAUCCAUAUUGCUGCAGAUGGCAUUAUUUCAUUCUUUUUUAUGGCUGAGUAGUAUCCCAUUGUAGAAAUAUACCACGUCUUCUUUAUUCAUUCGUCUGUUGAUAGACAAUUGGUUGUUUCCAUGUCCUGGCUAUUGUAAAUAGUGCUGCAAUGAAUAUUGGGGUGCAUGUAUCUUUUCGAAUUAUGGUUCUCUCCGGAUAUAUGCCCAGGAGUGGGAUUGCAUGUAAGAAGUUUUCUUGUUUGUUUUGAUUAUUCAUGUUUUCUGAAUUAAGCCUAAAUAUUAAUAUUAAGAUUAAUACCCCUGCAUAUUACAGUAGUAAACGGAAAUGACUCAGAAGCAUGGGGAAGCUAUCCUAGAAUUCAUAAAGUCAGUGGAUAACCAACCGAUCAGCAAAUAAUUUAGGGUUUUGUUGUGUGCUCAUAAUGAAACCUUACUAACAGAUCACUUGUUUUUACCAAAGGAAUGAAUGUUAUUGACAUAUGGGUUGUAACACUGAAAUUAGUUUCUCUCCUCUAACAUUUAGAAAUGAUGUAGUAAUUAAAGCAGGAACUUGUAACAUUUUAAUUUUGAAGCUUCCGAACUUUCAGGAUCUAUUGAUCUUAUACUGACAGCCGUAUGAAGCACAUGGUGUUUUGUAUUGGUAUUUAUAUGAAAUUUUAUAAUGUCAUACAUAGGUUAAUGCUAUUGAUAAGUUUAUGAAUGAAAGAAAUUUCAGCAAUUUUUUAUUGACUUUUAAAGAUUAAAAAGAUGGAGUAAGCAUAUGGUAGAUUAUAUAAUUUCUCCACAACUACAAGUCAAACCUUUGUUUAAAUGAGUAAACUGUGAGAAUGGUGACUGAAGAGUUAAACUCAAAGGAACUACUUUCAGGGGGAGAUGGGGGAACCCUCAAAAACUGUACUAUAAAGGAAUUUUCUGUGAGAACUGUGAAAUUCAGUAAAGAUUUGGUAUCUGCUAAUAA